AUGAGUGCCACGUGGAGCCAGCAGGUCCAGCUGGACGAGAAAGAGAAGCCCCUAGCCGAGUACAUGACCCUCCCCGCGUCGCAGUAUUCGGUGCUGGACGCGGAGCGCAUCGAGCGCGUGGACGGCAGCACGUUCCGCUGCUACGCGCACCGAGUGCAAUUCUUCAGCGUCGAGAUCUGCCCCGUGCUGCUCGUGCGCGUGGAUGAAGAGGCGGACGGCUGCACCAUAAGGCUGCUUUCAGCCACGCUGGACGGGUCGCCUAUUGUUAAGUCACAGAACAAGAAGUUCCGAUCGUCCAUGGUGAACCGGGUGCGGUGGGCCUCUGACCCCUCGUCGCCCUCCUCGCGGCUCAUCAUGUCAGAUACCACUCUCAAGAGCUCAGUGGAGGUCCCAGUGCCGUUCCGGAUGAUCCCAAGGGACGUCAUAGAGAGUGCCGGCAACAAGCUGUUGGAGCAGAUUCUUAAAGUCGCCGUUCCGCGCUUCCUAGAGCAGCUGAAAAAGGACUACGAGGCAUGGGCUUCAGGGGACACCUCGCGAAAGCCCCUCGGCACAGGGGAGUUGUGA